AUGGCAUCGGCUUUUAAAAAGCCGCUGGAUAUCAGCAACCUCAUGUCACCACCGGAGCCCGACCAGCUCGACAGCUUCAGCGUCAAUGAUGAGUGCAGCCGCAGUUGCAGCCCGGUAGUAACUCACACACAGGUUCCCGCGAACAAGAGCACUGCCCUUCCUGGGAAUGGCCCAUUGUCUCCCCCGAUCUCGCCGCGGGACAAGAAGACAGACUCUCCCUCGCCUCCUGAUGUUACGUCGUCUGCUUCUGCUUCCGCCUCCCAGGCGACUGCUUGCGACCCCAUUCUGUACCCUGCCACGAACGAAGCUCCAUCAGCAGCUCUGUCGCGGCCCCUUUUUGCCUCCACUGUUCCGUCUACAACUGUCAGCAACGCUGCUUCAGACGUGGUGAACGAACAUGUUGCAGCCCGUUCGCCGGCAUUAUUCUAUCACACGGCACCCCCCAAAGGCGAAGACUAUGAAUUAGCGCUUUACAUGAGGGUGGAGAUGAUGAACACCAUCGAGAAAAAUCGCAAUUCAUGGCUGAAGAAGGAGCGUGAGCAGUUGGUGGCUGACCGCACGGCUGCAGCCGACCGGAGCAGGCGUCUGCAUCACAUCCUACCUGCUGCAAAGUCGACGCCGCCUGCACCACGGGCCUCUACACCACGUCUCAUGAGGCUCCAGUUCUCCGCGCAACAGGCGCAGCAGGCACAACAGGCACAGCAGUCGCACCCGUCACACCAGUUGCCGCAGGCAUCCCAGCCACAGCCACAGUAUCAAUUUCCACAGGGCCCGCAGACACGGCUAGUUUCCGAAUCGCACAUUAUGCAACUUCAGCAACGGUCAUCUGCGGCUCUGCAUCCUGUGGUGGACGCAAACAAUCGGGUCACAAAACGUUCGAGAGCUGCUCCGACACGCAUUGCCCCUCAGGUGCACAACGCAUUCCAGACGUCUGGCAGUGGUGGCAGCGGAAGCAACAUGCGCGCGCCCGGGACGUCGCCGGAACCGCGCGUGCGCACAACUGCACCCAAUCGCGAGGACAAGGAUUUUGCUUCUCUGCCAGACUACUGUCCACCCCUCAGCACACUGCCUGAGCGGACUAACAACCUCAAGGUGGACUGGAAGGGCAACGCACUGGACCUCUCGCGGGAUGCACACCUGCACCUGUUGCAUCGCGAUGAGGUCGGACUGGCGGCGAGCCUGCGGCUGGACUGUGCGACCUAUCUCACGAGCAAGCGACGCAUCUUUAUGCGGCGGCUAGAGUGUGCCCGCAUCGGCAAGGAGUUCCGCAAGACGGAUGCUCAGCAGGCAUGCAAGAUUGACGUCAACAAAGCGUCGAAGCUGUGGACGGCUUACGAGAAGGUGGGCUGGCUGCGAAUCGACCACAUGAAGCGGUUCCUCUGA